AUGAUGCCAUUGUUGAUAUUCGAAAAAAACAGUUCACGAAGCAAUUGGUCAGAUAUUAAUUGUGAUGAAUUUGAUGAAAUUUAUAACAUUCAGAACAAUUUGCUAUGGCAGCAUCGAGGUGAGAGCUAUGUUUUAUUGUUGUACGGCGUGGUGUGCAUUUUUGGAACUUUAGCCAACUUAAUCGUUCUCAUUUUAUUUUUACGAACUUCUCAUAUACGUAAUUUACGCAACUACUUUAUUGCAAAUUUGGCUGUGUCAGAUCUUUUACUAUGUGUUGUCACCGCGCCUGUCACACUUUAUCUUACGAGAAACAUGUUUUGGCCAUUUGGCAAUUUCACUUGUCAAACGUUAGCUUCGGUACAAGCUGUAAAUAUGUUUGUAUCGUGCAUGACACUUGUGCUAAUUGCUAUGGAUCGAGUCUUAUUGACUUUGUGCCCUAUUAAAUGGAAGCUUGCUUCAACAGCUCCAAUCAUAUGUUAUUGUAUCGUUUGGCUGAUAUCGCUUGUGAUUUCAGCGCCUUACUUUUUUGCUGUUGCUGUUGAAGAUGUGAUGUUUGAACCGUGGAAUCAACCCUACAUUGAUGUUGUGCUUCGAAUAUGUGGACGGAAGCGACCGCAAACAUGUAUCGAAAAGGCCUGGCAUCGAUUGCCUUUUUCAAGGCGUACGUACACACUUUCAGUAUUGGCCAUCCAAUAUUUGCUUCCACUUACAGCUUUAGCAUUUAGCUACUCACAAAUUUGUUCCACUAUCCAUAAACGUGUGAAAGCGAGCACAACGAUCGAUCAGCAGCGUCGACAAGUUAUGAUUCAAAGAAAUAGAAAAGCUUUACUGUUGCUAUCACUAUUAGUAUUGAUUUAUGCAGUAGCAUGGUUUCCAAUGAAUGCGUACAAUGUCCUUAAUGUCUUCGAAGUAAUCGAAUUCUCUCAAUACAGAUAUUUGUUUUGUCAUUUAGUUGGAAUGACAUCUGCAUGUAUAAAUCCCAUUUUAUAUGCACUAAUAAAUGAUAGUUUUGGAGCGGCUUUCAUUUCUAUUCUUCUACCAGUUAUUCGUCCGUGUACAACAUAUACUACCAUCUCGACAAACCAACAAAACACUUACACAUUUUCCUUUAACGAACAUAAAUUACUCAGGCAUCAAGAAGUGCAUAUAUUAAUUUAA